CAUUGACUUUUCACGAUGCCGCCUAAGAAGGACGCAAAGUCGUCGGCCAAGCAGCCGCAAAAGACACAGAAGAAGAAGGAGGGCUCCGGCGGCGGCAAGGCCAAGAAGAAGAAGUGGUCCAAGGGCAAGGUUAGGGACAAGUUGAACAACCAGGUUCUGUUCGACAAGCCUACCUACGAGAAGCUGUACAAGGAGGUGCCCGCCUACAAGCUCAUCACGCCCUCGGUUGUCUCUGAGCGUUUGAAGAUCCGCGGAUCUCUGGCCAAGCGUGCUCUCAUCGAGCUGCGCGACAAGGGUCUGAUCAAGCAGGUCGUGCAACAUCAUUCCCAGGUGAUCUACACACGUGCAACCAAGGGUGAUGAAGCGUAAAAUGUUUUACCAACGCAUUUUUAUAGUCGCAUUCGUUUUACAAUGAAUUGGAUUGUAUGGGCGAGCACUAGGACUCUGCUGUGUGUAAAAUGUUGAAUAAACUUGCUUUCUUAUUGAUGUAAGGGA